ACCUAUAGUGUGACUUAAUUGUCCUUCUAGGGUUAGGGUUUCUUUUAGCUUCUAACUUGUUUCUUCCCAACAACCAUUGUCAGUAACCAUGUGAUUGACUAUAUAAUUCAACAACAACAAGAAGAGGACUAUAUAAUUCAACAAGAAGAAGAAGAAGAAGAAGAAGAAGAAGAAGAAGGAUAUAUAGUAUAUAGUAUAUUUAUAUAUAUCAAGAAGAAGGAGAAUUUAUAUGAGUUAUUUUGAGAGUUCUCCAUAUGAUGAUGACUGUAAUAAUAAAGAUUAUGAGUAUGAGGAUGAAGAUGAGGAGAACCUUAGAUGUGGAGCAAGCUCAAGCAAUAGCACCAUAGAGGAGAUCAGUGAGAAGAAGAUGAGCUCUGGUUCAGUAAGACAGUAUAUCCGAUCAAAGGCCCCGAGACUUCGGUGGACGCCGGAGCUUCAUCUUUGCUUUGUUCGUGCUGUCGAAUUGCUCGGUGGCCAAGAGAGAGCUACUCCAAAACUUGUUCUUCAAUUAAUGAAUGUUCAAGGCCUUAGUAUUUCUCAUGUCAAAAGUCAUUUACAGAUGUAUAGGAACAAAAAGAUUGAUGACACUGGCCAAAUUAUAAGGAAGAAUCAAAGGAGUUCCAUUGAGGGAAAUGAUCAUCAUGUCUACAAUCUCAACCAACUUCCAGAUAGUUGCAUAAGUCAUGAAUUUCCGGCGAUAGAUCGAUUCUUAAGAGAAGUAAUAAGUAGUAAUCAAAAUCAUUAUAGCAGCCGUGAACUCGAUGAAGCAUCGAAGCAGUUCCAAAUGUUCCAUGAGCAAAGAGAGACAAGCCAUGCUCAUGAACCUGAUUUAAGUCUGUCACUUAGCAUUGCACCAAGGCAAGAGAAAAGACAAAGGCAAUGGGUGGAAGAAGAAGAAGAAGAAGAAGAGGAAGAGGACAUUGGCUUAUCCCUCUCAUUGAACACACCUUCAAAGCAAGAUAGACAUGUACCACUCUAUAGAUCAUCAUCUCACCAUACUCCUGGAUAGUCUUUUUAGAUCUUGUUAUUAUAAUUAAUUUGAGUAGUUAAUUAACAUGUUGUUUGUGUUAGUUCUUUAGAUUAUUUUUUCUUGUUAAAUCUCUUGUCAGUUUCAUGA